AUGACAAGGCAGCAUGCCAACACCUACAAGCCACUCAGCGAUAACAAAUCCAAAGUAAGAAAUAUAUUCGCUAGUCUUAAACUCAGCCAAUAUUAGGACGAUAAUGUUUAGUCGAAAAGGAUAGAUAGGAUCAAUCCUAAUAACGUAAAGAAAUAUGUUCAGCAUGAAAAAUUCUAGGGCUUCUAAAUCAAGCAAUUCAUCUCAGAGCAAUAAGAAAGACUUGAUUCUGACACUAUAAAGCUCAGAACAAACAACAGUUCACACAUCAGUAAUAGCAAUGAGAAGCAAAAAGAGCAAAUCAAAUACAAAAUAGUUCAGAAGCUCAAUCAAAAUAAUCACAAAGGGCAUGAUUCUAACUAGAGUGUCUAGACUGCUUCUUCUACCAAGAAUUAAAAUGCUAAGGCAGUGGAGAAAGGGCUUAAAGAUGAAGUAGAGCAUCAAACUCACAAGAAAAACUAGACAGUUGACUUUGAUGAGGAAGGAAAGAAAAGUGAGUACAAUUUAGAGAAAGAUUCUGGCAGAAAAGGCAUUUUCGAUAAGAUUAUGGAUUACACUAAUCUAAAAAUUGGCAACAUAUUUAGAGGAGAGAGUCCCGCAAAUAGAUCAAAUGAACCUUUGAAAUCUGAAAGAAACCUUAAUUCGAAAACACAAUUAUAAACAUCAAAACCACCACUUAAUGUAAAGAGACCCUCAUAGCAAAUAGAAACAAUAUUUCAAUAUCCCCGAAGUAAUAAAUAACCUGAGUAAAAAGCAGACGAUGAUUAGCAGGUUUAUGUCAGUUCCUUUUAAAAUCAAUAGCCCUAUGAUUCACGAAGUAGAGAUCAUAAGGCUUACGGAUCAAAAGGUCCAAGUCAAAGAUUGAAAUCAAGUCCUUCCAAAUAGAAUAUACUGGCAAGAAAAAAUGGAGUUACUAAUAGAGUAGCUAACACUGGUCAAAAUAUGAUGUUAAAAAACGAAGUGCUUGCAUUAAUGCCAGAAGUAUUAAGUAAUAAUAGAGUUUAACAGAAUAAAAGUGUGUAAAGAUAGUAACAUCCAGAGAUGACACCUCAAAAUCAAGGCAUUAAAAAUCAUAUAAGAAUCGUUACAACUGAUCUUAAAUACUAAGAUAAUCUAAAUCAUCCUCAAAUUAUUUCUUCUAAGUCAAGUAAUUAGAUCACAAGUCCUGUUAGUGGCUGUAGUGCAAACAAUAGUGCUAAAAAAGAUGAUAAUAAAUUGACCUUGAAAGAACUUUUAAAAGGAUCUUAAACUUAAAAAGACAGUAAUUAACUUUAGGUACCAGAUAUAGAUAAUUUAUUCAACUUGUAUCAAAAGCAUACAAUAAAAUCAAGCCAGAACAGCUUAAAAAUUCCAUCCAGUAAAUAAAACCUCAAGAGUAAUCAAUCAAGCUCAAUUAGUCCAAGACUUGAUCUCUCUAAUUCAAACCUUACUACUGCAGUUCCAAGUCCCAAUCCUCCUCAUCAAACUGGUAAAACUCCUGGGGAGGCUCUUCAUCUUUACAAAGAUGAGCUAACAAUGUAUGAAAAAACUGAACUUACUCAAUUUGAUCAGAUUUACACAGUUGGGUACUAUAGAAGAUAGGCUUUAUCUGAGGUGGCAGAUGCUGAAGGAUACUAUCGAGCUAGAGUAGGAGAGUAAAUUGGCUAUCGAUAUGAAAUUAGUGCAAUAGUAGAUAAGGGAGCAUUUGGUCAAGUAGUUAAGUGUAUUGAUUAUAAAGAGGCUGGCAGGGAAGUUGCCAUUAAAAUUAGCAGAAAUAAAAAAUUUGACACUGAUAAUGCUUAAGUAGAAUAUAAAAUACUUCAAACUUUAAAAAAAGAAGAUCCAACUGAUAAACAUGGAGUCGUUAGAAUUAUUGAUAGCUUUCCCUUUAGAAAACAUAUGGUACUUGUCUUUGAGCUAUUAGGAGCGAAUUUAUAUAAGCAUAUGAAGAGCGAAAACUUCAAGUCAUUCUCGAGAGACUAGCUUAAAAAUUUAACACUAUAAAUUCUGACACCCUUAUCAUUCCUUAAGCAGGUAGGAGUAAUACAUUGUGACUUAAAACCAGAAAAUAUUCUUUUUACAGAUGAAAAAUAUAAUCAUCUAAAGGUAAUCGAUUUCGGUUCAUCAUGUUUUUCCUAUAAACAAGGAUUUUCUUACGUCCAAUCUCGAUAUUAUAGGGCACCUGAAAUUCUUUUAGGACUUCCAUACUCCUGUGCUGCUGACAUGUGGAGUUUAGGAUGUAUUGCUGCAGAGCUCAAGACUGGCAGACCUUUAUUCCCAGCUUGUGAUGAAAACGAGUUGUUAGAAUUUUUGGUUAUGAUAGUUGGACUACCACCAAGUGAAAUGAUUGAUAAAGCACGUAAAAAGAAUAAAUUCUUUGAUAAAAAUGGCAGAAUCGUCAGAUCUAAGCAAAGUAGACUCCUCUCAUAAGGAAAAAGAACUUAUCCUUUAAGAAAACUAAUAGAUCAUGAUCCUGUGCAAGAUGAUGAAUAUAUAGACUUCCUAGAAAAAUGUUUGGAAAUUGAUCCAGAAAAAAGACUUACUCCAGAUCAAGCAAUGUAGCAUCCUUGGCUUAAAAACACAAAAUAAAUCUAUGAUUUGCUCAAUAAAUGCGGCUAAAGUUCAAAUAACUAUUAAAAUUAGGGAUGGCAUCCUAACACAGAAAAGAACUCUGCUCAUAUCAAUAAUUUCAUGAACAGCCAUAAUCAUAACAAUAGUAACUGCGAUAACAAUUAAGUUGACGAACUUAAGCUAGACUUCUCUUAAGUUGUUGCCCGUUAGCCCCCCAUUUAUUUGAAAAAACUCUCAAGCCAAGAAGAGGAAGACAUUAGAUAGAGUGAAGCUAAUAUGAGUUCUACUGUAAGAAAUAUGCCAAUGAGUAUGUAAAAGAGACAGUAACUACAGUAGUUUCUAAUAAAAUGA